AUGCAGGUAAUGCGCUGCCACGCCUGCCUCUGGCAUUGUCUGCGUGCUGUCGUUCGCCGUGCACCGCUUGCGCCCUCCAAUGCCCUCGUUCGCCGCGCCCAGAUUCAACGACCGCCGAGCCGUGCGCUUGCACUCGCGCUGCAGCGCCGCCGUGACUACGCAACCGAGGCGUACCGCCAACCCGACGCUUUCGACGAGCAGAUCGAGAGGGAAGAUGCUGCCAAAGCAGACUCCCGCUCUCGCCCUUUCAGGGAGCGGCAAAGGGACCUGUACCAUCCGUCGCGGUUCCGACAGGACUUGCGUGACGACAUGAGGAAAAGCACAGUUGAUCCAGGCCACAGGGAACUGUCCUCUACAGCGAAACGGAGGCUGAAGAUGGAGCUCGAAUGGACCGGCAAUGACCCGCUCAAACUCGCCGAUAUGGUCCAGAAAAGGUUGUCCAAGGGCGACGUCCAGCCUGUCAUGGACUUGGUGCGCUUCGCAAGCAAUUCCAUGGACUGUGUCGUGAGCUGGAACCACAUGAUAGACCAUCUCAUGAACACUGGCCACCCCAACCAAGCACUCAAGGUUUACAACGAGAUGAAGAAGCGGGCACAGAAACCUGAUUCCUAUACCUAUCUAAUCGUACUACGGGGCCUCGGAAACCACGCACACGCACCCUCCACCAUGGGAAACGCACUUGCUGUGUACCAUUCCAUGUCUGCACCGAACUCACGGGUUCCCCCGACAACAAUGCAUACAAAUGCGACACUGCGAGUCUGCUCGAGAGCCAACGAUAUGGACGCCUUGUGGGGUAUCGCAGCCAAGUUGCCAGAGAAGGGACCGGGUGCGGCUGACGCCAUCACGUACACCACGGUCCUCGGAGCCAUCAGACAGGAGGCGCUUUCAGCACCAGCGGGAAUGUCGGCGGAUGAGACUGCGCAAAAGCGAGAGGCGGCCAUAGUCGAGGGGAGGAGGCUAUGGGAAGACAUAGUAACCAAGUGGCGCUCCGGAGAUCUCAUCAUCGACGAAUCUCUGGUGUGCAACAUGGGACAGCUGCUUCUGAUCGGACAACGGCCGAGAGACUGGGACGACGUCCUGUCUCUCUUUGAACAGACUAUGGAUAUUCCACGGCUUGUGAGGCAUCUAGGUGUUGACCGGCAGGCACCUGGCUGGCUUCCCAACACGCCUCCAAGCAUGAAGACGGAGGAUUCGGCUGAGAUUGACCCGACGGAUAACACUCGUCGCGGCGGUGAGUUCGACCCGGUCGAGCUCGGGAGAACAGUUGGACGUGGCCGGCGCAACAUGGCGUACGCAAAGCCGGGCAACCAUUCCCUCUCUCUCAUCCUGGAAUCUUGUCUCAAAAUGAAUGCCAGGAAGGCAGCGGAUGACUACUGGAGCCUCCUCACCGGUCAAGACAGCUGGGGUAUUGUGCCGGACGAGGCCAGCUUGCACAUGUUCCUGCGUGUUCUCCGCCAGGCGCGCUCGUCGGCGUCGGUCGUGGAGUUCCUCGAGAACGAGUUCGGCACUCGCAUGGGGUUGAAGAAAGCGAAGACGUUCAGGUUGGCGAUGAGCACGUGCGUCCGGGACAAGCGCAACCCCAAUGUCUUUGACCAUGCCAACGUGAUUCUGCAGAUGAUGGGCACCACCCUCGUCGACCCGGAUACGCGCACUUUGGUGAUGUACACCAAGCUUUUGACGUCCCUUACCAGGCCUGACCAAGUUUUGAGUGGGCUUGGUCGACUGGGCCCUCAUAUCUCGAACGUAAGGAGCAUGCUCAACUUUGGCAAAGAUCAUGCAAGAUGGCCAGUUGCGCCGGAGGACCGGCAGGCGGGGAUUGAGUUUCUCUCUGGGAUAGUGUCAUGCUGUGACAGUUUGUUGAGACCGGGAGAGGUGUCGCAGGAACAUCACUCGAUGCUCAUGACCCAGAAAGCCAGGAUACAGGCUUAUAUCACGAGGACGACACGCAGAGAGAAAGAAAAAAGGCUGGGCACGGAUUAA